AUGCUCGACGAAGAUUUUUUUGUGGGGCAUCUUGCUACGCGUGAGGAGGAGAAGAAGUUGCAAGAGGAAGAUUCCGGUGAGGACUUGACAGCGUUCAGAAAUGAGUUACCAACGUUCUCAGCGAUGACCGUGGACACAGACGCGGAUAAGGAUUUCCAGAAAUACAAGUUUUUGGACUUGAAGAAGCCUUUGAUGCCGCAGAUCUUGCUGGCCCAUUGGACCAAAGAGUUCUACCUAGACCUGGUUAACCGACCACGCCACUCAGUUAAGGGGGCCAUGGUGUACCCGCAUCCCGUCUUGGAUGUGGUGUUUUCGCAGGUCCCGUGGUGGGCUAUCAUCGUGUACGCACCCGUCCCCUACGCAGGCAUGCGAGUGGCACUCAAUGAGUUGCCUAAGGGCGAGGCUUACAAGUUGUUUGCCUUAGGGUUUGCGCUCUGGCUGUUUGUCGAGUACAUAAUGCACCGUUUCCUCUUCCACAUGGAUAACAGUAUGCCUGACUACAAUCAGUAUAUUUUUGCUGUUCACUUUGCUGCCCACGGGGUGCACCACUUCUUGCCAAUGGACCCAAACCGGAUUGCUGCGCCAUGGGUGAUGGUAGUUACAGUCGGCUUUUUGGUUUGGAGGUUACUAUUAGCGACGAGUGGGUACGAUAGUGGCAACGCUAUUUUUGCAGGCAGCAUCGCCGGCUUCAUAGUGUACGAAGAGUUUCACAUUUCGUUGCACACAAUGCCGCAAUUCUAUCAGUUUUGGAGUGGAACUGCGCACUACUUGGAGAUGAAACGCUACCAUUUGCAGCACCACUACAAGAAUUACGAGAUUGGUUACGGUGUUACCCAGAAGAUCUGGGACUAUGUGUUUAGGACCGUGCUUGACCCAGAAGACGAAUCACAGGUGCACCGCAAUGCGAAAUUGCAGGGGGGAAAGAGUUGA